AUGGGUGCAUCACAAUCAAAAACAACACAAGCAGAACCUGUCAUUUUUUACAACCCCAAUGUGCCACUUCAGUUCUCUCAAAGUUUAGUUGGUACACUUGAAAAGAAGGCAGAACAAUCAACAGAGCGAGUACAAGCACGUCAAGUAGAGAACCUUGUUCGCCAACGUGUCGCUGAGGAAUUAGAAAAGAUCAAGCAAAAUGAAUCAGAAUUAAGCGAAAAGUUUUAUAUCCAGUUGACCGAGGAAAAUGCUGAGAAGGAUAAUUUAGAUGCUGUUGCUAUCAACAACGACAUUGAAUCCAUGGUUCAGCGCAUCUCUAGAUCAACUGCAAAGGAACUCCCCGCUCAAGUCAAGACAUGUCAAGACGAAGUGAUUGCAUGCUACAAUAAUAACAAAUCUAGAUCUCUUGAUUGCUGGAAGGAAGUCGCCAAGUUCAAGGAAGCAGUUGCUGAAGAGCAAAAGAAGUUUGUUGCCGCUCAUCAAAAAUAA